AUAUUUGUACCUUAGGUGUAGGGAAUCUUCUCCUUUUGCCAACCACUAUAAGCGCUUUGGAUACUUGAAACAAUACUGUUUUACAUUUUUCUAGAAUAUUAUUUCCAUAAACAUUAUAAUAUAAGUAUAAUAUUCUAAUUUUUUUUCUUUAAUAUGGUUUAAUAUUAUCAAUAAUAGUUGUUUUCAUAAUUUUUCCGACGCAUCGUUUUAGUUAUUGUGUUAUUAACUCCUGGGGCGUUAAAUAGACAACGACCUAUAAGUACCUUUUAGUCACUCAUAAUAUGCUUAUUCAUGUACGAUUUUUGAGUUAGCCUUGACGAUUGGUUUUUGUAAUUUGUAUUAUACGAAUAUUAUGAUUAAUAUAUUGUACAUUUUAGCCACUUUGUGAGUUAUAUAUAUUGGGUUUAGUUAUUUACCUAACAAUAUUCAAAAAGAAUAUCAAAUUGAUGACCUGCUACAAGGUUAUUUCCAGCGUGGUUAUAUAUAUACCCAGCUACUAUUUGGUAAACUCCUCACAAAUUAAUAAAUCGUUGACAGAAAGAGAUUGGAUUUUUCCUAGCUCUUUAUAUUUAAGUUCAAUAUGGCUGUUAAAUUAAUAGGAUUUGUUUUGUGCAGCAUAACCAUGAUUAAUGUAAUAACUAGUCGAUCAUUGCCUUCUUACUUCAAACCAUGCAAGCGAGAUGACCCAAACCUUAAUGAGUGUUUAAUGAAGUUAAUGGAUAGCAUUCGGCCCCAUAUUAGUAAAGGAAUACCAGAAAUGCACGUAUUACCUUUAGAUCCAAUGAUGAUACCAUCUGUGACUUUAAAUCAAAAUUCAGCUGGCUCAGUUAAUUUUGUCGCCUUGUUUACAGAUUUGAAAGGUUACGGAGCAAAAAAUUUUCAAAUUAAUAAAAUCAAAGCUAAUUUCAAAAAUCAAUCUUUUGAGAUAGACUUAAAUUUGCCUUUAUUCAGAAUCGAAUCUAGAUAUGAAGUUAAUGGACAAAUAUUAGUAUUGCCUAUUAAAGGAAAUGGCAAAUUCGUUGGAAAUUUCACUAACGCUCAUGCGAAGGUAAAAUUUGAAUUAAGAAUUUUUGAAAAAAAGAAUCACAAAAAUUUUAUUGAGAUUAAAAAAAAUAAAAUAAAUUUGGAACUAGGAGCAGUAAAAUUACAUUUUAGUAAUUUGUUUAACGGUAACAAAGAAUUAGGUGAUCAAACAAACCGUUUUAUAAACGAAAAUUGGACGGAUCUUAUGCAGGAAAUAAGACCCUUGAUUGAAGACACCGUGGCUGCUAUAGUCCUGGGUAUUUUCAAACCCGUACUUGAGACAUUUAGUAUGGAUGAUCUAUUUCCAGUCUAGAGUCUUGGCAAUAGACAUAUGUUUAAUAAAAAUCACUUAUUUUACGAUAAAAAAAAAUGUAAUUUUUAAAUAACAAAUUGUAUGAUAACCGUAGUAAUAUUAUAUUAAUUUGCUUAUAGGUUAUAUUAUUAUUUUUGAUAUAUAUUCAACUAUUUAGUUUUAUUUAAUUUUUAUAUAUAAUAUAAUAUGGUAUUGUUAUUUUUCACUGUUUGUAAAUGUAUUCAUUAGGUAUACAAUAGGUAUACAUUAAAGUAUGAAAUGUUUGAUAUUGUGCAAUUCAACAAUUAUAUUUUGAAAAAUAUG